AUGGAAUGUCGAUGUGGAGCACACUUCUGCUACGUCUGCCUGGACACAUAUGACACGUGUAACGGACGCUGCGACGAUGAAGACGAAGAGUAUGAAAAUGACGACGAUGAUGAGGCACCCGAAGAACCCGAUGAGGCUGAGCUUCCACCUGGCCCGAACGAUACACCGACUCUUUCUAAUGAGGCAUCUCAAAUUCAAGGGACUGUUGACGACAUAGCAAGCGCGACGCCACAACCGGCUCCACGGCCACGUAACCUUGACGGCGGAGGACAUCGCUACUGGGAAGAGCAAGAUCUGAAUUUUGGCGAGGAACCAACAGAAGACUACCAAGACCGCUCUUGGAACUGUUACCAUGACUUCAGGCCAUCCACAACCACACUCGCAAAAGCUCUGACUAGCCAUUCUGCUGCCGAGAUGGAGUGUGUGAAAUGCUGGUGUCCGAUAAAUCCAGAGAUCAAAGCACCUAGUACUGCGUCAAAUACCGAGGUCAAGGUGAAGACUGUCCCGGCAGGCGCAAGAGAAGCGAUUCGAAGUAUUCCACAGGGAGUGAACCGGGGUCGUAGACGAGGAAGAUAUUUACCUCCUCGUGGACCCUUCCGAGCCGAUGACACGAUCGGAACCGCGCCUCAUCUCACCACCACAGUAUCUUCUCCGCUGUCUCAAAGCGUACCAACGCGCGAAACUUCGUUCAUGGAAGAUGUUCGGUAUGCUUCCGACCGGGUAGUAGACACCUACGGCAACGUUAUCGCGACGACAGAAAUAGUGCUUCGGCGCCGAGCAUCUGAAGUUUCUUUCGAUGACAGUGAAGCCUUCCGAGAUACAUUCAAGACUCCAUCGACUAUCUUCUCCGAUCCAACUACCAAGUUCAGCCUCGCGCAUGAAUGUCGCGAUUGUGCCUUGAUCGGGUCGCGGCGAAAGCUGUGGUCUGACCACAAGCACAAAACAGACUCUGAUGUGCCGUGGUCUAACCCCGUCGAGCCCAUCGCACGUACUGACUCAGGGCCGUCGUAUGGCCACGCGAGUAACGCACGUACUGAUUCAGAGUUGUUCUCCAACCACCAGCUCGCCCCAGAUCAGUUUCCUAGCUACCGGCUCGCCCCGGAGCAGUUUUCUAGCUACACGCCCACCUCGGGGCCGUGGUAUGGUGAUCAGUCCGAUGUGGCGUCGGAAUCUACCUAUCUGUCCAACUUGAAGCAGUCAUCCGGUCACAGGUAUCAGCCUGAGUCAUGGCCUAGCUACCAGCCUGACUCUGGCUCUGAACUGAGGCCUGAAGGUCUCUCCAAGAAGUUACAGGAAAAGGCAAACGCAGUAGAAGAGAAGGCAGCCAAGACGGAUGACAAAGCGGAAGGGAAACAGGCAUCUUACUUCCAAUCUGGAUGGGACCACGAACGGAAGACAUACUUUUAUAUCGAUGACGAAACUGGCUCGAAGGUGUACAUGCCAAAGUCGUCUAGUACAUCACAAUGGGAAUGGGACUCGACACGGCAUAAAUACUAUUACAUCGACCCCAACGAUGGAUCGAGAACGUAUAAUACCUGGUCAUGGGAUGAGAAACGGCGCAUGUAUUAUUACAUCAGUGAAGGAUCGAGAAUGUAUGUUUCCGGACCCCACAGUCAUCACGAUGCACCAAGGGCGUAUUCAGACGGAUCGUACAUUAGCCACAACGAGGGAUCAAGGAUGUUUUCAGAUACGUCGCACGUCGCUAGAACGCAGCGAAGUGCCGAAAUAAGCCCAGAGUGGACGAAGACUCAAACUGAAGCGGAAGAGAGGGACGGGCUUGAGAUGAACACCGGGUGGCCUUUCACCGAUCAGAGCGCUGCAACUUUUCAGGCCUCCACAUCACCAAACAUAGCUGCCAACCUUGCGGAUGGAAUUGCUUCCGAAGAGCUGUUCAACACCGAUGAUAAUGCACAGAUUUGGGAAACAUCAAACUAUCCCCGAGAUGCAUAUGAUAUUACAUCGAGAGCUGUAACGAAGACUGAUGAUGAACCUAUACCUAACGCAGACCGCGAUAAUACUUCCGACAACGGCGACGUGCAUAACUUCAACGACGCGAUGCGUGAUCUAGCUUUGGGUGAUUAUAGAGAAGACGUAAGCGAUAGCGGAGCCGAAUUCGACCGGAAGGCCUCUUGUGUUACUGAUUCAAACCUUGGGUUCGACAGUAGUCAAGACGUAAACAUUGCCGCAUACGAAGCCAGUUUGGACACACACAGGCUGCCUUACUGUAUGCCUUUGGAGAAAUCGUCCUUAAAUAACUGGAAAGAGAUCCAAUCGGGGCUUCCUGCUGAUUGGCAGUGGGAUGUCGAAUACGAUGCUAUGCAUACCGAACAUGGUUGGCAGCACGGGUGUUGGACUUGUACUCCUUUGGAACCAGACAAGCCCAAACAGUUUCCUCUCACUAUCGCGAAUGAUCCGGUUGUACUCCCAGUGGAGUAUCAGUGGCCUCCUAUUGGCGGAGUGGCUCCACCACCUGAUCCGCGGCCUGAAGCACCAAUCGAUUGUCGGGCCGGAAUAUCCAUCGAGCUUGUGAAAGACCUCUUCUCGACGUUUAGGAGGAGUAUAGGGUUCUAUGUUCUGAUCAACGGACUUCUUCAGGUCAUUGUGCCAAAGGACUAUGACACCAGCUGGGCAUCCUCACACCUUCCGCACAAAUAUGGUGGUCUCAAGGUCUGUUACAUCGAACAGACUCUCAAGCCAACCAUGUUGCCAACGAGGACACAGAAUAAUUGGACCACACCUCAAGGACGCUCAAUCGGGUCCCCAAGUGCCUCUAAUAUGUCCUCGGCGGCUCGCCCAUUAGCCCUCGCCGAUAACCCGUCACUUAAGCUCAAUGACCUUAUAGAAGCUCGUCCAAUGUCUAAUCAUCGAAAAGAGAAGUUUUCUGGACGCAUCGGCCUCAAAGUAAAAUCAGGCGGCGUUCCUUUCUUGGUGAUGUCUACCCAUGUUAUUACUGAAGCGAUCCUGGCAAGAUCUCGCCGAGACGCUAUACUUGGUCGCAAACGUAUCGAACGCCUAACGAGGCUAAACGGUAAUUGGAAUGAUCGCGCCGUGAUCUUCACCGGUAGUAAAAAGAUCGGAACAGUUCACCAAAGUUUUGACAAGGAAGCGGAGAUUUAUCCGAACGGAUUUAAUCACGAUGUCACACUUGUCAAGCCUACGUCUCAGACCUUAGUGAAGGACGUUGUGUCCCCCGUUGCCGAUCUUGGGUGGCUCGAUCACGACUCCUGGGCUUCGCUCCGCCAACAAACCACGACCGUUAAUAUUCUAGCUGACACGGAAAGCUCGCAGUCAGUGAAGAGUAUCAAGUGUAGACGUCCAUCUGAUGUUCUUGUCGUAGGGGAAGGCAUCUUCCUCAAUCACAAAGUGGCAGCAGGUAGUUCAAAGGAUCUCAAAGAGCACGACGCGUCGAUAUGGAAGGACCUCGUAUCGCGCGCACUAUUGUACCGCGUGUACCCUGACUUCGACCCACCAAAUGGCUACAGUGGCACCGCGCUCUACGCGUAUGGAAUGAGGACAACUGGAACGGAAGGCCCGGGUAUCGUCGGUUUCCAAAGCUUCGUGCAGCGCAGCGGCCAUGUGCAGAAUUUCAAGAUAGAAGGUCCUGCACUCGAGCAGAGGUUGCAACUUGGAAGAGUGGCGUUUUACGGAGCGUUCGAAGUUCCUGCUGAGCUGAAAAGAUACGAAAUAGUUUGA